UCUAUGGAAUGGUUAGAAAGUCAUGACCUUGCCCUUUAUGGAGAAGUGCUAGUGUUUGAGCCAUUCAAAUAUCCUAAACGCAGCAAGGAGCGAAGCGAAAUUUGGGGGCGAAUAGCUGUUAAUCUGAACAGUCCGAGAAGUCAAAAAUUUACAGUGUCGAAAAGAUCUGUAAGAGAUAGAUUAACCCUGCUGCAAACUAAAUAUAAGGAGAAAAUAAGAGAAGAAGAAAGGGCAUCAGGUAAAGACUGUCAAAAGGAAAAGGAAAGGGCUGCUGACCUGGAGAGAAAUGACAAGACUAGUGCUGUUAACAAGAAAAAUAAGAGUGAGAAGACAAGUGCAGAAGAGGUUAGGCUGCAAGCCAUGGAAUGUCUUAGUAAGACACAGAAAAGAAAUGCAGAUUUAGGAGAAGAAAAGUCUAGUAAAUACAGGAAGAGAAGUUCAGAUGCUGUUGAAUACCUGAAGGAAAAGUUUCAAGAAGAGAAGGAGCUAAGGAAGGAGGAAAUUGAGUUGAAGAGGAAAGAGCAGCAAAUGAUACUGGAUCAGCGAGUCAAACACACAAACAGCAGUUGGAAAUGA